ACAUUAAGUCGAGACUCUUAUUGGUUUAAAUGGUGGGUAAAUUACAUGUUAUUAAUAGUGUGAUUGGAUAUUGAUGUAAUUACAUUUGAAACCAGACAAACGGUGAAAAACAUCUUCUCGGUGAAAAAGCAACACUUGUAACAAUUGAAACUUAAACCUGGUAAUCCGUUAAUUCAACCAUUUAAAUUGUGAUUUGUUUCAUUUAACCAAUUCUCUUGAUCCAUUGGAAUAAAAAUGACUUUCAAUGAUAGACUAAGUGUUUACUUAUUGUUUGUGUGUAUAUUUCAACUAACCAGUGCUCAACCAGAAUCCGUUAAAAAAGCAUGGAAUGUCGAAAAUUAUCCAAACCCAUGGACUGAACCCAAGCGAUGUGGUUCACACAUUGCUGGAUUCAUUUGUGAUCCAGACAAGAUGUUACCCAGAGACCAAGCUAGAGAUAUUGGAAGUUAUUUAUGGAAACAAGGAAGACAAGAUGCUUGUCUUUGCUCAAGAUGUCUAACAGCCAAAAAUGGAAUACCAAUUGGAAUCGCUUUAAUGAAUGAUGCUCCAAUAUCACCUGAUAAGAGAACAGAGCCUGUAUAUUAUGACGAUGAGGAACCACAUUAUGGCCCAUCAGACUCUAUUCAAGCAUGGGAGGAAUUCGCCGAAAGUUUGAGGAAAUUUUGGGGAUUCGGAUCGUGUGAAAAUGAUGCUUUAAUUGUUAUGUCGACUCAAGGUGGAGCCAUUGCAUUAGGUAAUUACACUCAAAAAUUACUGGAAGGCUCAGAAUUGUUACAUUUGAAGCCACAUAGGUUUUUGGUUCGCCCUGAAAAACGAUCUGAGUUUAUCAUGAAAAUGGUCAGAGAAAUACAAGCACAUCGUAAUCCAAAUGAAAAGCCUACAACACAUGAAAAUUUUACAAUGGAUCUGGUCACUAUUAAAUAUUCUGAGAUACUUGAAAGCCAACCUAAAGUCGAUGAUAAAAUAGUAAUUAAAAACACAGUUAAACCAGAAAUCCAUAAUAUAUCAAUGGCACAAACUUGGGGAACAAAUAGUUUCAUUGCUGCAGCUGAAGAUGAUGAUUUUGAAGCACCACCAGAAGCAAAGAUAGAUACUUCAUUGGCAUUUAUCCUCAUUAUUUCAUUUACAGUUCUAUUGGUUUGUUUGAUUGCCCUUUUCUUAAUUAUUUGGUAUUAUCGUACCAAAACGGGUCACAUACAGCCCAGUGCUGAAUACACGAAACCUCCAACAGAUGAGAAGCUUCCAAGUGAUAUCAAGACUGUUAAAUAUGAACCUUGUCAAACUGAUGAACCUGGUUUACCUGUUUAAUAAUAGUUGCUUAUUUUUUCCAAUCAUCUUCAUCACAAUUGCCAAUGGAUCCUCAUUUUCAUUUAACCAUAUCAUCACAUCUCAUGUACACUUGCUUUCUAAAUCUACUUUUGGUUUUACCAAAUGAUUGCCAUGUAAAUAACGCUAUUUUUGUCCUCAACCAAAUCAACAUUUGUUUAAUGUUGCUUCGACAAUUAAUGAGUGAACCCUAUUGUGUUUAACUGCCUAUGGUUUUGUAUCAAUAAAUGGUAUUAAAUACAGAAUCUUAAUAACUUAA